AUGGCUCAAACACUGGAUAUCGUCACGCCCAAUGGGCAUCGCUACACACAACCCACUGGUCUUUUCAUUAACAACGAAUUCGUCCCCGCUACAUCCGGAAAGACCAUCACCUCUAUUGAUCCUGCUACUGAUAAGCCAAUCGCCACUGUUGACGCAGCCAGCGCCGAUGAUGUCGACCGUGCCGUGAAGGCCGCCAAAGCCGCACUGGUUCACCCAUCAUGGAAGCUUCUCCCCGCCACAGAGCGAGGCCAACUCAUGGCUCGAUUGGCCGAUCUGAUGUGGGAGAACCGAGAACUUCUUGCAUCCAUCGAUGCAUGGGACAAUGGAAAGCCCUAUCAUGUUGCCUUGGAUGAGGAUCUCGUCGAAGCUACCACUACUAUCCGGUAUUACAGUGGCUGGGCCGAUAAGACAUUCGGUCAGACUAUUAACACUACACCCCAAAAAUUCGCCUACACUCUUCGCCAGCCCAUUGGUGUAAUUGGUCAAAUCAUUCCAUGGAACUAUCCUCUGGCUAUGGCAGCUUGGAAACUGGGCCCUGCAUUGGCAUGUGGAAACACAGUUGUCCUGAAGGCUGCAGAGCAAACCCCUCUUAGUAUCUUGGUACUGGCUACCCUGGUUGCUAAGGCUGGAUUCCCACCUGGAGUUAUCAACAUCAUUAACGGCUAUGGCCGUGAAGCAGGCUCUGCCUUGACUUCUCACCCCUUGGUUGACAAGGUUGCGUUCACAGGAUCCACAGCUACAGGCCGUGAGAUUAUGAAGAUGGCAGCAGGUUCAUUGAAGAAUAUCACUCUUGAGACAGGUGGCAAGUCACCACUCCUUGUCUUCCCUGACGCGGAUAUGGACCAAGCGGUGAAAUGGUCCCACUUCGGUAUCAUGUCCAACCAGGGCCAAAUCUGUACCGCUACUUCACGAAUUUUCGUUCACCGUGAUAUCCUCCCUACCUUCUUAACCGAGUUUAAGAAGGCUGUUGAAGGUGUCUCAAUUGGUGAUCAGUGGGACUCCAAUACAUUCCAGGGUCCUCAAGUUACCCGCGCACAGUAUGAGCGCAUUCUCUCAUAUUUCGAGAUUGCCAAGAGCGAGGGUGCUACAGUUCUUACUGGUGGUGCUGCUCAUGUUCCUGCGAAGGAAGAGAACAAGAACGGAUACUUUGUUCAGCCGACCGUUUUCACUGAUGUUACCGAUUCUAUGCGCAUUGUCCGCGAAGAGAUCUUUGGCCCUGUUGUCGUUAUCCUGCCCUUCUAUACAGAGGAAGAGGCUAUUGAGCGUGCCAAUGAUACCUCUUAUGGUCUUGGUGCCGCGGUCUUCACAACUGAUCUGGAGCGCGCGCACCGCGUCGCAGCUGAGAUUGAGACUGGUAUGGUUUGGAUUAAUAGUAGCCAGGACUGUGAUCCUCGCGUGCCAUUUGGUGGUGUCAAGCAGAGUGGUAUUGGUCGUGAGCUUGGUGAGGCUGGAUUGGAGGCUUAUAGCCAGAUUAAGGCUGUCCAUGUUAACCUGGGUAACAAGCUAUAA